CCACUACACAAAUUAUGUUUUACGUUUGCCAACACUGCUUUUAAUACCGACAAUACUAUUGUCAUCUCGCUCAAGCAUUUAACUAAUAAUUCUAUUCCUCUCUUUCUUUUUGACAUUGAAGAAAUAUUUGCCAAAGCAAAAAUACAAAAGAAUAAGAAAAAUUCGUGGUGCGUUCGUGAAUAAAAUUCCUCAAAAAAAAUUGUUAAUAAAAAAAUAACAAAAUAUACAAAGUUAACAAUUUUUCGUGUGUCGAAAAAGCCACAAUAAAUAGUGUGCCGGUCAGCCAGCCAGCCAGCCAACCAACCCAAUAACAGAAACAUAAUAAAUUACAACAAUGUCCAGCCUACCACGUCGUAUUAUCAAAGAAACUCAACGUUUAAUGCAAGAGCCCGUACCGGGCAUCAAUGCCAUUCCUGAUGAAAACAAUGCUAGAUAUUUUCAUGUUAUUGUAACCGGUCCAACCGAUUCGCCCUUCGAAGGUGGCGUCUUUAAAUUGGAACUCUUUUUGCCCGAAGACUAUCCGAUGUCAGCGCCCAAGGUGCGAUUCAUUACGAAAAUCUAUCAUCCAAAUAUUGAUCGUUUGGGUCGCAUCUGUUUGGAUGUUUUGAAAGAUAAAUGGAGUCCUGCUUUACAAAUACGUACCAUCUUACUAUCGAUUCAGGCUUUGCUUAGCGCACCCAAUCCCGAUGAUCCUUUGGCCAAUGAUGUCGCUGAAUUGUGGAAAGUCAAUGAGGCUGAGGCCAUUAAAAAUGCACGCGAAUGGACUCAAAAAUAUGCCGUCGAAGACUGAAUGUUGUGUUAGAAAAGUGGGUAAUUUAUAUUAUUUUAACGACGGCUUAUAAAAACACAUUAUUGGUAUGUCGAGAAUGUGGCAAACUGGAUUUAAUUUCAAUUUUCUAAUAUUAUAAUUAUAAUUAAUUUAAAGCGGGGUAUAUAAUGUAUGUGUUGCUAUAAAAUUGUCGUGUAAACAAAAAACAACCAGAAAAAAAAUAACUAAAGUAGAAUAAACAAUAAAAUUGAAAUUUUUAAAUAAUAAUAAAAAACAAACAAAAAUAUAUAUAAUAACAAAAAUGUUUGCAAAUUUUAUUUUUUCACCUUCUCACAACACAACAAUGAUAAUGUAUUUGUUUGCUUUACCUUUAAUAAAUUAAACUAAAUUAAAUAAAUGAA